AUGAAGGCUUCCACCACCCUCGCGGUCCUCGCCGCUGCUGGCGCUCAAGCCCACUACACCUUCCCUGGUACCAAGUACAACGGUGUUGCCCAGCCCCAAUGGGACACCGUCCGCAUCACUCAGAACCACUACUCCAACGGCCCGGUCACCGAUGUCAACUCCCCCCUCAUGACCUGCUACGAGCGUGACCCUGGCGUCGGUGCCCCCAACACCCUCGCCGUCACCGCCGGCUCCACCGUCACCUUCCAGGUCGGCUCCUCCGUCGGCCACCCCGGCCCUCUUCACUUCUACAUGGCCAAGGUCCCCGCCGGCAAGACGGCCAAGACCUUCGACGGCAAGGGCGCUGUCUGGUUCAAGAUCUACCAGGAUGGUCCUUCCGGCCUCGGCACAGGUUCCAUCAAGUGGCCCAGCGAUGGCAAGACUGAGGUCUCGGUCCAGAUCCCCAGCUGCAUCGCCAACGGCGAGUACCUCCUCCGUGUUGAGCACAUCGCUCUCCACUCGGCCGGCAGCGUCGGUGGUGCCCAGCUCUACCUCUCCUGCGCCCAGAUCUCCGUCACGGGCGGCUCUGGCACCCUCAACACCGGCCAGCUGGUGUCCUUCCCCGGUGCUUACAAGGCUACCGACCCUGGCAUUCUGUUCCAGCUUUACUGGCCUACACCUACCUCUUAUACCAACCCUGGCCCUGCUCCCGUCCGCUGCUAAAUGCGGGGUGGUGAGAGGUGGAUUGGUGUGAUGGGGAAUAAGGGAGGGGUGUGAAGCUGAGGGGGGUUGCAGAUAUACCAUUUGGAUAUUCUUCGUCGUACAUACUUUGCUUCUGAAUAGAAGGACAUAUUAUGGUAUCU